UCACAAAAAACCAACGUAUCCUCUCAGCCCCUCAAUCCCUUAUCCCCUCGUCCUUUAGCCAUAGCCUUCUUUGAUAUACUCAGGUUACAAAUGAACCAACACUAUGAACCCGCAGCUUUCUCCUGGCAGUCGAGCGCUGGUACGCCCGAUCGAUCCUUGAAUAAAUCCUCCUGCAGCAGCAGUCCAACUUUGGUCGACGACGAAGCAGAAGUCCAUGCGCUCCAGAAUAGCCAACUUAGUGAGCCAUCGUCGCGUCGCAUUCAGGUGCCCAAAUUCGAGUUGGACCCGUACGCCCCGGCAUUUGUCCCUUCGGUUUCGACCCUCCGACUUGCAGAGUAUGGCUACUUUCCUCCACCCAUUAAUACAAAUGAGAAAUGGUUGGAGAUCCUCAAAGAUGGCAUGCUGAUACCCGAUCCCCGUUUGCCUACUCGCCUGGUGGAGGGUUCAUGGACAUUUCAACAAUUAUGCGACCUUGCUAAGCUUUUCUGCUGGCAAAUUUUGGCUAAAGCGAACAUGGAAGACUUUGGACCGCAGGCGGCGCGUUUUGCUCGAGAAGUACGUGAUGCAUUUACGAACCAUCACUCCGAGUGGCACUCCAGCUGCUUCGUGUCCCACCUGCAAAUGUAUGCCUUAGAUCACUUCAAAUUAUACUGGUGUUCUCAUAACAAUCCGAAUGCUAUCUCCCUACGGAAAAGACUUGAAGGCAAGCGGUGGAAUACUGCAUUGAAUUUUUCCUGCUUCAUAGCGGACAUGUUCUCUGUUGGCCUCAUCCAAGUACCGAUGAUGCACGAGUGUCUCGGGAUUCUGUUGCACGAGAUGGUUCGUGUGGAACAUGUGCACACCGUCCAAGCCAUGGUUAGACAUGCAGGACCGGCAUUAUGGCAAGCAGCCGAUAGCAGUGUACGCCGCCACGAAUUCACGACUCGUUAUUUGGAGCGCACCGUCUCGUUGCAGGAUAAUGCAAACUUACAUGCGCGGCAGGACAACAUUUGGGCAGUGAUACAGGUGAAUGCGAUAUUGCCGGAUCACUUUUAUAGAAUUAACACUCGUUGUUUUCUCCACAGGGUAAUGAUAUCAUCUCCCUGAUCAAUGGAUGGCACGCCCAGCGGUCAAUGUACCCUCCGCCU